AUGUCCUCCAAAGAAUCUGAAGCUAUAUCUGUCAGUGACGCAGAUGUCGAGAAGAGCGGUACCCAGGCGCCUGCACUCCCCGUCCCCGACGGCGAUGAUGGUGAGGCUUCGGACGGCUUCGAAGUCAAGCUUGAGCCGGCGGACGACCCCAAGUGUCUGAGCCUGUGGCACAAGUGGCUUGCGGUCCUCGUGAUCUGCACGUCCACGCUUUGCGUGACCUUCGACAGUUCGGUGGCGGCGUUCACGGAACAGGGCCUGGCACACGAUCUGCACACCUCGCAUGAGGUGACGAUCCUCAGCUUGAGCCUGUACGUGCUCGGCCUGGGUAUCGGGCCCCUGUUUGUCGGCCCGCUCUCAGAGCUCUACGGGCGGAACGCCGUUUAUCGGGUGUCGUAUGGACUCUUCUUUGCGUUCACAUGGCCCACUGCCUUCCCGCCGCACAUUGCCGUAUUCCUCGUUUUCCGCUUCAUCACUGGACUUUGUGGCUCCGCGUUCUUGAGCGUAGCGGGCGGAAGCGUCAGUGACUUGUUCGACAACCACCACGUCGCAACACCCAUGGCGGUUUACACGGUGUCACCUUUCGUCGGCCCCGUCCUGGGUCCCGUCAUGGCAGGGUUUGUGGUCCAGAACGCUGAUUGGAGGUGGUGUUACCGUGUGCUUCUCAUCUGGCAAUUCGUGCAGAUUGUCAUGCUCUACUUGUGUGUUCCUGAAACAUACGUCCCGGUCAUCCUCAAGCGCAAGGCACGCAAGCUCCGUAAGACCACGGGUGACAGUCGAUACUAUGCGCCGCUAGAGCAUCAAGAACAUAGUCUCGCCCGCAUGAUCCUCUUCAGCUGCUCAACGCCUUUCAAACUUCUCAUGUUCGACCGCUUGGCCCUCGCAUUGGAUGUCUGGUCUGCGCUGUUGCUUGGGAUUUUAUACCUCGCUUUUCAGGCGUUCCCGAUCAUCUUCGAAGAGGUGCACGAUUUCGACAUCCAGUCUACCGGACUUGCCUUUAUCGGCAUCGGCGUCGGUAUUAGCGGUGCCCUUUGCACCCAACCGUACUGGAACAGCCGCUUCCGUGCAGAGGCGAAGAAGCACGGCGGACAUCCGCCUCCGGAAGUCCGCCUCCUCAUUGCCCAGUUCGGCGGCGUCCUUGCCCCCAUCGGUCUCUUCAUUAUGGCGUUCACGACGUACAAACGCGUACACUGGAUGGGCCCCAUCGUCGGCUCGGGCAUCUUCGGCGCGGGCAUGUACUAUAUCUACGCGGGCGUGUUCACGUACCUCGUGACCGCGUACCGGCCGAUCGCGGCGUCCGCGAUGGCGGCGAACAGCGCGCUGCGCUCGUCGUUCGCGGCCGUGUUCCCGCUGUUCGCUGGGGCGAUGUAUCAUCGGCUGGGUACGGUCGGCGCGACGGCCUUGCUCGCGGGCUUGACGACGCUCAUGACGCCUUUACCAUUCAUCUUCUACAACAUCGGAGGGAGGCUCCGCGCGAGCUCUCGUUUCGCUGUGCCGUGA